AUGUCUCCCACCGCCCCGCUACAGUCAGAGACCCGGAUACUGGACAUCGCCAAAGAAGCUAUCACGAUCUUCUCCACUUACGGUCUGCAGUCCUGCUUGAUGGGCAGCGCCGCCAGUUUCCUCUACGGCGUCGACCGUACUCCUAACGACGUCGACCUCGUCGUCCUCACCGCCACGUACACGCAGGAGGAGCUCAAGCGGCUGCUCGUCGCCGCCAGCUCCGACUUCUACCUCGUGAACCCGCGCUCCUGGGCCGCGACCUACAAGGUCCUCUGGCACCAGAAGGGCCGCGGCGGCGGCGUGUUGGGCCACUCCAGCUACGCUCACCGCUGCAAGGUCGACAUCCUCGUCCCGGGCGUCAUGAACAUCCCCUCCGUCCCGACUGCGCGGAUCGAGCGCCCGGGACUGCCGGGGCUGCCGAAGCUGCCAAUGAUGCCGCUGGUCGCACAGCUCUUCCUGAAGCUACAGGCGUGGUCGGACCACCGGGCGUCGAGCCGGCCGCACGAGGUCCCGAAGCAGUACACGGACGCCCGCGACGUGGACCAGCUCCUAGUGAUCGUGGUGCAGCGGGGCAGCGCGGUCAAAAAGGGGACGGGGUGGAUGCCGGCGGAGAUGUUCGAGGCGGCGCGCGAGCGCGUGGGGCGGUACGUCGUGCAUGGCUCUCCGUCCAGCAGGGCGGACUGGAGGGCUCUAGGGUAUCGGGUGUGA